UGGGGAGAGAUUUAUUGUGCAAACUAAAUUUGACACUGGUUGCAGACUCUCGGGGUGUCCGUGUGACAGAGAGAGAGCAAGUUUGCUGUCUGCAAGCAGAACCAAAAUGGGCAUAUGAGUGGCACAUCAUAAAUUCUGAUUGGGCUGAAAUGAUGUGUGAACUGACUAAAAAUAGAACUAAACCAUUUCACAGAGAAAUUAUGUUGCCUGACAAAUUGCAUUGCACGUCACAUGUCGUAGUGGAACGAGAUGACCAGUAUGAGAAAGACUGGUUUGAGGGAGAGAAAGGAGAAACUUUGAGUUUUGAAAAAAUGUUUUGGACAGAUAAUAUGUGUGCAGUUUCAGUUUGCCUAACAGAAAAACAGCUUCAGUUUUACUUAAUGGCAGGAGAUUAUGUGCCUCAAUUAUCGCUCUCCAAGGGCAAAGGACGGUGAGAAACAGGCUGAGAAAGGCUAUACAAAUAUAGUUGGGCAAUCAGCAUCAGGGAGGAGGUGCAGCAAAAGAUAGAAGAGGCAGAACUGCAGAUCAUCUUCAACCAGUCUACCUCAUACUUCCUGGGCCAACAACCGCACACAAGGGACACUGCCAGCCAACAAAGAAUGGAGCAAGCAAGACCAUGGCACCCAUUCAGAUUGCAAGGACUGUGUGGCCUGAGAGGUACAACAUUUAUAUUGGCUACACUGACUGUAAUAAUAUGUUCAAUUGCAUCCUACCUGACUACAGAACUAGUAUGGGAGGUAACCAGCAACACUACGGGUGGAAACACCACAUCGAAUCGUACGGAUCGUCAACGAGUGAAGAGAUCGACGCUGACUCUAGUGGUACCAACGCAUGGACUGGACGAAGACAUAAUAACGGCAUCCGUGUAAAUGGAGUGAGGUGAAAGCCUACGAACAUCCUGAGAGCUACGGAACAGAUAGAAGAUUUAAAGUAGCAAAGAGAAGCAAGCGUGGGCACAACAAGGGCGGGAUGUCUGUCGUAAUUGCAAGAGUGAGGGCUUCGGAUCAAGGCAAGUACUACUGUGGUAUAGACAAGACAGGAAGUGAUUGGUAUGAAGCAUUAAGCAUUGUCGUGGGCAAGCCAGCACCACAGCCAGUGAAACAUCUUGUUGAGUCUGCUUUUGAACCAGCUACGAAGGAAGAGGCAGCGUGGAUGGGGAACGAGGAAGCGGCCAGGGGAGGAAUGGAUCCUACAGUGCAGAAAGCCAUGGCAAAGUGCCAGGGAAAUAAGGCGUGCACUUUGGCACUGUUGCAGAAAGAGGAGUUGAAGAUAAACACCAGCUGCUGGCUGUGUCUGCAGAUGUCUCACUCAUGGAGAGCGGCUCCACUGACUGUAGCAACCCUAAAGGAAACCAGAUGCCUAAUACCUCGACAGAUGACAGAAGUGUUGACAGCAGCAGAUGAUAUAGAGAAAGGGAGGAUACCGAAGAGGAAGCCUGGACCUGACUGCAAGGGGACACCGUGGGACAAUAAAUCAGAAGUGAUGAUACCGCCGUUGAGAGUGGUGCACACACAAGGGGAUGUGUGCGUCUGUCAACUGAGACCGAGACUGAAGCUGAAGGCGGGAUGGUCAGACUGCAGGAUCAGGAUCGACAUAAGAAAUGGAACAGCGAACAACUGCACAGCGAACAUUGAUGGAACACUGACCGCAUUCACAUGUCCUUUCAACCGUCCAAGCGACUCUUCACCUGCUGCUGUGUGGGUGUGUGGAGACAGAGCAUACCAUGACCUACCAGAGAAAGGAUGGACAGGGUGUUGUUAUCCAGCAUUGAUGAAUGUAGGGACAUCUGUGUAUUUACCCAGUGAGGAGCAUAAAGGUGAGAGUAGAAAAAAGAGGAGUGUUAAUAUUCUACCAGGGGCUCUACCAGAGAAGUAUAAUGGGUAUAAGUUAUCAGAUCCUUGGACAACACCAGGUGCAAACAUAGGGUGGUCACUUUUCUUGGGGGUAGGAACAGCAGUGAGCAUAAAUAAGAACAAUGGGUUAGCUUGGACAGUAAUGGCCAUAGCUAACAGUACUGAAAAUGCUCUGACAAUGGUUAAUGACGAAAUGAAACAAUUAAGAGAUGCAGUUAUACAAAAUAGAUUAGUUCUGGAUAUGUUAACGUCGGAAUCCGGAGGCAUAUGUAAAAUGUUGGGUACAUCAUGUUGUUUUCAUAUUCCAGACUAUAGCGACAACAUUACCAAUAUCAUCGCCCACAUGAGAAUGGCCGUAAAAGAGCCUGAGCGCGCACAUGAUGUAUGGGGAGAAUGGCUGACUAGCAUGUGGGGAGGAUGGGGAUAUUGGCUGUGCAACACUGUGUUACCAAUUGUGGCGGUAGGAUUUUUGCUGCUAUUAUGUUUACCAUGUAUUUUCCAGUUAAUAUCCAGCUCAGUACAGAGACUGGUGAAACCCAGCGUUUCACAUCAAAUUUCACAUCAAGCUGUUUGCUUGCUUAAAAUAGGGUCUAUCCCCAAACAAAAAGCCUUAGCAUGUUUUCUAACUUCUUUCACAAACUUAAGAGAGUGAUCAUUUAUGCGAAAGUCAGAAAUGAAGAGUAUAAAUGUGAUGUAAUAACUUAAGUUUGCUUUAUUUGAAUUAUGUUUUGUUUUCUUGAGUGUGAAUUUUUAUUUUUGAAUUGUGUUUUGAAUCUGUGAAGUGACUGAGGGUCUGACUCAUGUCAGGAAUGCAAUAACAGUGUUUAUUCGUUUAGCCCGGCUUCCAGAGCACAUAUAAUGUUAAGAGUGUAGUGAAGAUAUAACCAGUAGUGAUGAAUUUUUUCUUUUCUAUGUUUUAUUGAUCAAUGAAUGAUAAAAAGGGGGAAAUUGUGGUGGAAAAAUUCAUCUGCAUGACUUCUGGCUGACCAUAUAUGCUUAUGAAAUAUAGUAUAUGCAUAUGUUUUCUUAGAACUGCUGUGCGGAGACAGCGAAAAAUGAGUUUGGGGCCUAGGAGUAAGAUGUAUGGGUGACAGAAGAUCUAUAGAGCAAUGUUGGGUAUAGAAGGGAGACAACUGGGAGACCCACAGGCGUCUGAGGAUGACCUGGGAGGUCAUCUAGGCCUUAAAUAUGGAAGAACCAAUCUUCGGAAGAAUGAUAUAGUAGUGUGUUUUUGACUUUGUUGCUAUCUAUGGAAAAGUACAGCUGUUCAGAAUUUGUAACCUUGACUGGAGAAAAGGGAUAUAAAGCAGAGGACUGCCCUCCCUUCCUUGUCACACUCUGCAGCGACUUGUGUUUCUGUAUGACUGUCUGACCUUCUUUAUAAAGAAUAAAAGCUUUCUUUC